AUGGGCCCCAAGAAUAACAUACCGCCCGGCACUGUAGUGGACAGUCACGUCGUGCACCCGACCGACUUUGACUUCUACCUGUGCUCUCAUGUGGGCAUUCAGGGUACGUCCCGUCCCUCGCAUUACUACGUACUGCACGACGACUACCGCUUUAGCGCCGAUGAGCUCCAGAAGCUCUCGUACUACCUGUGCUACCUGUACGCCAGGUGCGAUACGCCGAUCAGCAUACCGGCGCCCGUAAUGUACGCUCAUUUGCUGGCAACCCGUGGCCGCGAAUACAUCGUCGAACACCUACAGAGCGGUGCUGUAUGUGGUGGUGGUGGCGAUCGGCGCUCCCGUCCCCCUCGGGAUGAGACUGAGGCUCAGCGUAAGGCCCGUGAGAUCCAGUUGGCCCAGCAGUUGAAUGUACUGAUCAAAGUGGACGAGGCUAUCAAAAACCGGAUGUUUUUCUGUUAA